AUGGACCCAUUCGCUCGACUAAUGGAGGGUGCCCCCCUUCCCGGGGUAUUACCCACGCGAGAUGCGAGGCCCCGGGGCGCGCUGGUACAUGCCAGCCUGGCCGCUACUCCACACCUUGGGGACAAGAAGGGAAGACACCUCACUGGCACCUUCUGUCUCACCGGUGAUACCAUGGAAGGGAUCAUACAGUGUUUGGUCUUCUUAAAAGCGUUUUCGGUUUACAGUUUUCUCUUCGGGGAUUAA